AAUUGCAUACCUUCUACUCCGAAUCGAUAUUGUAACUAUUACAGUAAAUACAAUUCAGGAUUUCGAACAGUUGAUGGAACUUGCAACAAUCUUUAUAAGACAACCCAAGGAGCUGCAAACACACCACUAGCUCGACUGCUGCGUAAGUGCUAAACAAAUAAAAUUUAUGUCAAUUAAUUGUCACACGAACUAAAAAAACUUAACUUUUAAAAGAAUUAAUUUUGCGCAAAGUUGGCAGGUCCAAUGUUUCAAGCAUCUUUAUCCGAAAUAUAUCAAAUGAAUAAAGUUAGAGUAAUAUAGAGUGAUAGGUAUAUUAGAGAGGAUAUUAUAAAUCAUUUUUCUUACAAAAAAGAACCCGAAUUUUGCGGGAACUAACUUUUCCGAAAUUGAUAAAAAAUUGCGAAAUUUGAGAAAAUAAUUUUUUUACACGUACCAAUAAAAACAAUAGUGCUUUUCUUAGGAGCUUCAAAGGUAAUGUUCCUUGCAUAUAUUUUAAUUUAAGAAGAAUGUGACAAGCUACUUUCCAUCAGUAUUAAAUUAAGAUACUUCUACACAAUUCAAAUUCACUCACGUUUAGCUGCUGAUUACGUCGACUCUGCAAAUUUGGACACACCACGAGGAUUCCCUGGUACGUUCCCUUCCGUUCCUACACCUCACGAAGUCUCCGAAGCCGUCUUUUCUGUUCAAAUGCGAAACAGGCAAAGUGCAAGAGGACUUUCUGCAAUGUUUAUGGCGUUUGGACAGUUUCUUGAUCAUGAUAUUGGAUACACAACACAUCCAACUUGUGAUGUAUCAGCAGGGUAGGUUUUGGCAACAUGCUUCUAAGUAAUAAAGGUUAACUAUGAAAGUUCUGAGGUGACUUAUUACAUUCUCUUAAAUUGCUUAAUUUAGAUGUGGUUCUAUAAAUGCUUUCACUUAUCCAUGCUUUCCACUUCAAUUUAAACGAAAUGGAGCUGCGUGUUCUUCACUUGCAAGAUCCUUCCCUGUGUGUCAAUCUCCAUUUAGACCAAGAAGUACACGGGAACAGAUAAACAUAAUAUCUUCUCAUAUUGACCUAUCUCAAGUUUAUAGCAACGAUUUGAAAGUUCACAAACAAUUAAGAAGAUUAGAUGGUUAGUACUUUGUAACCUUUCACGUACAUUUUCUUUGUUCAGAUAUGUUAAAUAAAUCGUGAAUAAGCAUACAAAUAUGUCUUAGUAAGUAAUUUGUUAUUUUGUUCUUAUUUCUGAAGGAUCUGGAUUACUCAGAGUAACCUCAACAAAUUUGAUGCCAAUACGAUUGCCAGCAACAGAUCCAGAAUGUGGUAACCCAGGAGGUUGUUCUUUGGUGGGUGACGAUAGAGGUGACGAAAAUAUUGUUCUCCACUCUCUUCACACAAUCUUUGUCCGCAAUCACAACUACAUUGUUAAGCAGCUCAAAAAGCUGACAAGAUCAUGGAGUGAAACGUUUCUUUUUGAAACAGCGAGGAAAAUUAACAUCGCAAUUUGUCAACAUAUCGUUUACAAUGAAUUCUUACCAAGUCUUGUCGACUUGAGCAUUUACCGCGGAUACAACUCAUACACUGAUCCUAGUAUUCUUAAUGUAUUCUCAACGGCAGCUUUCAGAUUUGGUCACAGUUUGGUACCAAAUGCCUGGGCUCAACUUAACAAUAACUUUGACAAGGCUUUUGACGACAUUUCUCUUCAAGCAUCAUUUGAAAAUACUGUUCCUAUUCGUCAACGUGGCAUUGAAUCAACAACGUUUGGCUUACUGGCUAAUCAGUCACAACCAGUAGAUACAAGUUUCGCCUUUGGCAUCGUAAGAAGACUAUUUGUUCCUUUGGGAGAAAAUAGACGAGAAGAUCUGACAGCUUUGAACAUACAGAGAGGACGGGAUCAUGGAUUACAGACAUAUGGAGCUUGGAGAAGAAGGUGUAACUUACCAGCCAUCCGUUCAUUUUCCCAGUUAUUAGGUACCAUGCCGUCAAACGUGGUAUUGAAUUUCCAGAAAGUAUACAGCAAUCCUAAUGACAUCGACAUCUUUGCUGCUGGUAUUGCGGAGAAUCCAACAAAUGGAAAAAUGCUUGGUCCCACAUUUCAAUGUAUCCAGAAAAUCCAAUUUGAGCGAUUUAGAGAUGGUGAUCGAUUUUGGUAUGAAAAUCCAGGUGUUUUCACCUCUGCUCAAUUGAGAGAAAUCAGGAAGAUGACACUGUCAAAGGUUUUAUGCAACACACUGAAUGGGAUUGUAUCCAUUCAGCCAUGGGCGUUACAAGCUGUUACUUCUUCCACGGUGCGAAAAACAUGUGGUAGUAUACCAGAUAUGGAUGUUUCUCCUUGGUUAUAUUCUAGAUACUAA